GGCGGAGCGGCCCGAGGAGCGGCGGGCGUCCGGGCGGGGAGCCGGCCCGGUACGGGCGGCGUGCGGUGGCCGAGGCCCAGCUCCAGGACGCGUGCCCUGAGCCCGGGAGGCAUGCUGAAGCCGGGCAGCCGGCAGAAUGAGUUUGCACGAGGCGGGCAGCUCCGGCCACCGGGAGCAGGCGGCCUACCACCUGCAUAUCUACCCCCGGCUGUCCACCACCGAGAGCCAGGCCUCCUGCCGUGUGAUCGCCACCAAGGACAGCACCACGUCCGAUGUCAUCAAGGAUGCCAUCACCAGCCUGCGUCUCGAUGGCACCAAGUGCUACGUGCUGGUGGAGGUCAAGGAGUCAGGCGGCGAGGAAUGGGUGCUGGAUGCCAACGACUCACCCGUGCACCGUGUGCUGCUUUGGCCCCGGCGGGCACAGGACGAGCACCCACAGGAGGAUGGCUACUACUUCCUGCUGCAGGAGCGCAAUGCUGAUGGGACCAUCAAGUACAUGCACAUGCAGCUGGUGACCCAGGCCACAGCCACCCGGCGCCUGGUGGAGCGUGGCCUCCUGCCGCGGCAGCAAGCGGAUUUUGACGACCUGUGCAACCUCCCUGAGCUGACUGAGGACAACCUCCUGAAGAACCUCAAGCACCGCUUCCUGCAGCAGAAGAUCUACACGUACGCAGGGAGCAUCCUGGUGGCCAUCAACCCCUUCAAAUUCCUCCCCAUCUACAACCCCAAGUACGUGAAGAUGUACGAGAACCAGCAGCUGGGCAAGCUGGAGCCGCACGUCUUCGCGCUGGCUGAUGUGGCCUACUACGCCAUGCUCAGGAAGCACGUCAACCAGUGCAUCGUGAUCUCGGGCGAGAGUGGCUCCGGCAAGACGCAGAGCACCAACUUCCUGAUCCACUGCCUCACAGCCCUCAGCCAGAAGGGGUACGCCAGUGGUGUCGAGAGGACCAUCCUGGGCGCUGGCCCCGUGCUGGAGGCUUUCGGAAAUGCCAAAACGGCCCACAACAACAACUCCAGUCGAUUUGGGAAGUUCAUCCAAGUCAACUACCUGGAGAGCGGCAUUGUGAGAGGAGCUGUUGUCGAAAAAUAUCUGCUUGAAAAGUCUCGCCUGGUCUCUCAGGAGAAGGAUGAAAGGAACUACCACGUGUUUUAUUAUUUGCUACUCGGUGUCAGUGAGGAAGAACGCCAAGAAUUUCAGCUCAAGCAGCCUGAAGAUUAUUUCUACCUCAACCAGCAUAACUUGAAGAUCGAAGAUGGAGAAGACCUGAAGCACGACUUUGAAAGACUCAAGCAGGCCAUGGAGAUGGUGGGCUUCCUCCCUGCCACCAAGAAACAGAUUUUUUCUGUUCUCUCAGCCAUCCUGUACCUGGGCAAUGUCAGUUACAAGAAGAGAGCCAUGGGCCGCGAGGAAGGCCUGGAGGUUGGGCCCCCUGAGGUGCUGGACACACUGUCCCAGCUUCUAAAGGUGAAGCGAGAAAUCUUGGUGGAAGUCCUGACCAAAAGAAAAACAGUGACUGUCAACGACAAGCUCAUUCUCCCCUACAGUCUCAGUGAGGCCAUAACUGCCCGCGACUCCAUGGCAAAGUCACUGUACAGCGCCCUGUUCGACUGGAUUGUGCUGCGGAUCAACCAUGCCCUCCUCAACAAGAAGGAUAUGGAAGAGGCAGUCUCGUGCUUGUCCAUCGGGGUCCUCGACAUCUUUGGGUUUGAAGACUUUGAGAGGAACAGUUUUGAACAGUUCUGCAUCAACUAUGCCAACGAGCAGCUUCAGUAUUACUUUAAUCAGCACAUUUUCAAACUAGAGCAGGAAGAGUAUCAGAGUGAAGGGAUCACGUGGCACAACAUCGACUACACGGACAAUGUCGGCUGCAUCCACCUCAUCAGCAAGAAGCCCACUGGCCUCUUCUACCUGCUGGACGAGGAGAGCAACUUCCCGCACGCCACAAGCCAGACCCUGCUGGCCAAGUUCAAGCAGCAGCACGAAUACAACAAGUACUUCCUAGGUACCCCGGUCAUGGAGCCAGCCUUCAUCAUCCAGCACUUCGCUGGGAAAGUUAAGUACCAGAUCAAGGACUUCCGGGAGAAGAACAUGGACUACAUGCGGCCCGACAUCGUGGCCCUGCUGCGGGGCAGCGACAGCUCCUAUGUGCGUGAGCUCAUCGGCAUGGACCCUGUGGCUGUGUUCCGCUGGGCCGUGCUCCGCGCUGCCAUCCGGGCCAUGGCCGUGCUCCGGGAGGCUGGGCGCCUGCGUGCCGAGAGGGCUGAGAAGGCUGCAGGUCUGGGCAGCCCUGGUGCCCAAAGCCACCUGGGAGAGCCACCAAGAGGAACCAACACCCCCUCGGAAAAACUUUACCGCGAUUUGCAUAACCAAAUCAUCAAGAGCAUCAAAGGACUGCCCUGGCAGGGCGAGGACCCCCGUAGUCUUCUCCAGUCCCUCAGUCGGCUUCAGAAACCCCGCACCUUCAUCCUGAAAAGUAGAGGUAUCAAACAAAAGCAGACCAUUCCAAAGAACCUGCUGGACUCCAAGUCCCUGAAACUCAUCAUUAGCAUGACCCUGCACGACCGCACCACCAAGUCCCUGCUGCACCUGCACAAGAAGAAGAAGCCACCGAGCAUCAGCGCCCAGUUCCAGACAUCCCUGAACAAGCUCCUGGAGACCCUGGGGAAGGCAGAGCCCUUCUUCAUCCGCUGCAUCCGCUCCAACGCUGAGAAGAGAGAGCUGUGCUUCGACGAGGAGCUGGUGCUGCAGCAGCUACGCUACACGGGCAUGCUGGAGACCGUGCGUAUCCGGAGGUCGGGCUACAGCGCCAAGUAUACCUUUCAGGAUUUCACAGAGCAGUUCCAGGUGCUGCUGCCCAAAAACACCCAGCCUUGCAGGGAGGUCAUCUCCGCACUGCUGGAGAAGAUGAACGUAGACAGGAGGAGCUACCAGAUCGGCAAGACCAAGGUCUUCCUGAAGGAGACAGAGCGGCAGGCCCUUCAGGAGACACUGCACCAGGAGGUUGUGCACAAGAUCCUGCUCCUGCAGAGCUGGUUCCGGAUGGUGCUGGAACGGCGGCAGUUCCUACAGAUGAAGCGGGCAGCUGUCACCAUCCAGGCCUGCUGGCGGUCCUAUCGGGUCCGGCGGGUGUUGGAGAGGACGCAGGCAGCCGUGUACCUCCAGGCGGCCUGGAGGGGCUACUGGCAGCGGACUGCCUACCAGCGCCAGAGACAGGGCAUCAUCCGCCUGCAGAGCCUCUGCCGCGGGCAUCUGCAGCGCAAGAGCUUCAGCAAGAUGGCCGCAGAGAAGCAGCAGGCAGGAGAGAAGGAGAGGGAAGCCCAGCAGGCCGCCAGGGUGGAGACCGCAGAGGGCCGGUGGGGCCAGGUGGCCAGCAGGGAGCAGGAGGCUGAGCAGUGCCCGGAGACGUCGGACAGCGAGCACCUGGUGUUGGAGCCUGAAGCGUGGCCAAGUGAUGAGUCUCCGGUGGGGAUCUCCCUACCUGAGAAGGAGGCACUGACCCCAGAGAAGGAGGUGGUGAGCCCAGAGAAGGUGCCCCCAUCCCAGAAAAACUUGACAGCCGAAAGUCACGAGAAAGUCCCCAGCAGCCGGGAGAAACGUGAGUCCCGUCGACAAAGAGGGCUGGAGCACGUGAAAUUCCAGAACAAACAUAGCCAGUCCUGUAAGGAAGAGAGUGCCCUCAAAGAACCUUCUAGAAGGGCUGUCCCAGAACAAGGGGAGAGCCUCCCAGAAGACAAAAAGGAGAGCAGAGAUGAAACCCCUACAGAUGCAGGGACAGAGGCCCAGGAGGCUUCUAAAAGGCAGUCCACAGAGCAACAACAGGCCAUAGCGGCCAGCCUGAUCUCCGGAGAAACAGAGCAGGCGCCUCAGGGUGGGAGCCCUAGGCCAGGCCAUGUGGAACGGCCCACAAGCCUGGCCCUGGACAGCAGGGUUGGCCCACCAGCCCCCGGCAGCACCCCCAAAACCCCCAAGGACAGGAACAAGAUGAGUGGCACUCCAAGGGGUCAGGACGGACCCGAGAGCCCCGGAGGCCCCACGCAGAUCCAGCGGCACCGCGACCAGGAUGCUGAGCGGCUGGCCACUGCUGUGGAGCUGUGGCGGGGCAAGAAGCUGAUGGCAGCCACCGGCCCCAGUACCAUGCUGAGCCAGUCGCUGGACCUCAGUGACAGGCACCAGGCAGUGGGGACCACCCUCAUGCCCACAGAGGAGAGGCGCAUCUCCUUAUCCACCAGCGAUGUCUCCAAGCUCCUCCCAUUCCCGGCCAAGGCUCAGCCUUCAACAGAAGCCACAGAUGGGGAACCGAGCACCAAGAAGCCAGCCGUCCAGAAGAAGAAAUCAGGCGAUGCAGCCUCUGGCACAGAUGCAGGGCUGUCCCCAGGCUCCCAGGCUGACUCUAAAUCCACAUUUAAGAGACUUUUCCUGCAUAAAACCAAGGAUAAAAAAUACAGCCUGGAGGGCGUGGAGGAGAUGGAGAACACGGUGUCUGGGCACACUGUGCUAGAAGCCACCACCACGAAGAAGGGUCUAGAAGCUCCUUCCGGCCACCAGCAGCGCCACGCAGCGGGCGAGAAGCACACCAAGGAGCCAGGAGGCAAAGGGAAAAGGAACCGAAACCUCAAGAUUGGCAAAAUCACGGUGUCGGAGAAGUGGCGGGAGUCGGUGUUCCGCAAGAUCACCAAUGCCAAUGAGCUCAAGUACCUGGAUGAGUUCCUGCUCAACAAGAUAAAUGACCUGCGCUCCCAGAAGACUCCCAUCGAGAGCUUAUUUAUUGAAGCCACUGAGAAGUUCAGGAGCAACAUCAAAACCAUGUACUCUGUCCCCAACGGGAAGAUCCACGUCGGAUACAAGGACCUGAUGGAGAACUACCAGAUCGUCGUCAGCAACCUGGCCACUGAGCGCGGCGAGAAGGACACCAACCUGGUCCUCAACCUAUUCCAGUCGCUGCUGGACGAGUUCACCCGUGGCUACACCAAGAAUGACUUCGAACCCACAAAGCAGAGCAAAGCUCAGAAGAAGAAGCGGAAGCAGGAACGUGCUGUCCAGGAGCACAACGGGCAUGUGUUUGCCAGCUACCAGGUGAGCAUCCCACAGUCUUGCGAGCAGUGCCUCUCCUACAUCUGGCUCAUGGAUAAGGCCCUGCUGUGCAGUGUGUGCAAGAUGACCUGCCACAAGAAGUGUGUGCACAAGAUUCAGAACUACUGCACCUACAAGUGUGGGAGGAAGAGUGAGGCAGGCGCCGAGCCAGGCCACUUUGGCGUGUGCGUAGAUAGCCUGACCAGCGACAAGGCCUCUGUGCCCAUUGUGCUGGAGAAGCUUCUGGAACACGUAGAGAUGCAUGGCCUAUACACUGAGGGCCUCUACCGGAAGUCGGGAGCCGCCAACCGCACAAGGGAGCUCCGGCAGGCGCUGCAGACAGACCCCACGGCGGUCAAGCUGGAGAACUUCCCCAUCCACGCCAUCACCGGCGUGCUGAAGCAGUGGCUGCGGGAGCUGCCCGAGCCCCUCAUGACCUUCGCCCAGUAUGGUGACUUCCUCCGCGCCGUCGAGCUGCCAGAGAAGCAGGAGCAGCUGGCCGCCAUCUACGCCACCCUGGAGCAUCUGCCUGAGGCCAACCACAACUCUCUGGAGCGGCUCAUCUUCCAUCUGGUCAAGGUGGCCCUGCUCGAAGACGUGAACCGCAUGUCACCCGGCGCACUGGCCAUCAUCUUUGCACCCUGCCUCCUGCGCUGCCCUGACAGCUCAGACCCGCUGGCCAGCAUGAAGGAUGUCCUCAAGAUCACCACGUGCGUGGAGAUGCUGAUCAAGGAGCAGAUGAGGAAGUACAGAGUCAAAAUGGAAGAGAUCAACCAGCUAGAGGCCGCAGAGAGCAUCGCCUUCCGCAGGCUGUCGCUCCUGCGACAAAAUGCUCCCUGGCCUCUCAAACUGGGGUUUUCAUCUCCCAAUGAGGGGGUCCUGAACAAGAGCCCCAAAGCCCGGGGGAGCCAGGAUGGCAGCCUGGAGGAACUGGAGGUGCUGCCGGAGGAGGAGGCAGCCGGCGGCGAUGAGGACCGAGAGAAGGAGAUCCUCAUUGAGCGGAUCCAAUCUAUCAAGGAGGAGAAGCAAGACAUCACCUACCGGCUGCCGGAGCUGGACCCUCGGGGCUCUGACGAGGAGAAUGUGGACUCAGAGACUUCGGCCAGCACUGAGAGCUUGCUGGAGGAGCGGGCCGGGCGGGGGGCCUUGGAAGGGCCCCCCGCACCUGCUCUCCCCUACCCCGGCGCACCCACCCCGAGCCCCCUCCCCAGGGUUGCUGCACCUCCACGACGAAGGCCAUCCUCCUUCAUAACGGUCAGAGUGAAGACCCCCCGGCGGACCCCCAUCAUGCCCACAGCCAACAUCAAGCUCCCACCUGGCCUGCCCUCUCACCUGGCUGGCCGGGGACCCAGAGUCCAGGAGGCCGCUGCCCCAGUGAGGCGCCGAGAGCCUCCUGCCCGCCGCACGGACCAGGUACACUCCGUGUACGUCACACCCGGGGCAGACCUGCCUGUGCGGGGCACUCUGGAGCCCCUAGACGAGGAUGACCGGCUGCCUGGGGCCAAGCGGAGGUACUCGGACCCCCCAACAUACUGCCUGCCCUCAGCUUCGGGCCAGGCCAACAGCUGAGAGCCCAUGGCUGGCACAGUCUGCAUGUCCAAGGACAGCCUGAGCUGGAGCUGGGCGCCAGAGCUGCAGAGCUGGCAUUCAGCUCUCAAAGGAUCCACAAUGAAAAGCUCCAAGAGUGAUGUUGGGUGGGCACCGGCUCCAAGCACAGAGUCAAGGCAGGGAGAGGCUGGCUGGGGCCAGGCCACCCUGCUGCCCAGCCCCAAGUCACUGACACGCCUGCCCAGAGUGCCAAAUCGCAGCAGGCGGCUUUGCGCCCCCCCCUCCCCUUUUGUACGUUUUUACAGUAACUCUUUGUACGUGGUUUACAUAACUUUAAACUGUAACAGCCUUAACGGAAGACCAAAUUGUUUUUUAUACGUGUAUGUACAAACUUUUACAUUAACGCUGUGCGUCUCCCUUGUAAUCUGGACAUGAGUCGUCAGGGUUGAGGCUGCUCGGCCACCGGGCUUGUGAAGCUCAGACUGCAGUCUACUUGGAGGGCAGUCAGCAGGCUGGGACCUUGCACAAGGGUUUUGGACACGUGGGGCACCUGACCGCCCAAGCCUGUCUCCAACGAGUGUCUCCAGCAGGCAGCCACCUGAUUGAGGUGCAUUGCAGACAGCGUUGGAGCCUUCCGUGGGGGGUCGAGGCUGUUGGCUGGAGCCAGGACAUGAGUCAGGGGACAGCCUCCACCCCGAGUCAGCACAGACCUUGCAGCGUUCCAGGGAGACCUCAGUGUGGUCAUCACUCUUCUGUCCACUGUGCCCUGGACACUGGGGGCUGGAGGACACCACCUUUGGCACUACCCGCCCUGUGUGACAGAACAGGAGCCAGUGACUCAGGACUGUUCACAGGUGGGGAGGGCAACCUUGAACUUGUAUGUCCCUGUAGGUCAACAGCAACAGCCUGGGUGUCUCCAGAGUGGGGUUCUUGUCUCUCAGGCUCAGCCCACUCCCAAGACACUUGGACACAUGGUCACAGGUCUGGAAUGAUGGGUGCACCCGCACAACAUGUGAAAUAAAGAAAAA